AUGGGAAACGAAUCAUCAUCAUCCAAAUCUGCGAACGGCCUUCAUAAGACGACAACUCAUGAAAUUCCGAAGAAAAAAAUCUCGAGAUUCAUCCUUCAUGAGAAAAAUUCUCGACAAGAUUCACUGGAAAGCAACGAUUCUGGUAUAAUUACCACACCUACACCAGCCGGCAUUUUCAUUCGACGUAAGAUAUCGGCACCGAUGUCAGCGUCUUCACUGAGUACACGACGUCCACACUCAAUUGAUUCGAGUCGAGGCGAGCCGCCUCUGGAUAUUCACAACGUCAACAAUAACAAAACGCUCAUUAAAUCUUUUAGUCGUGAUCACGCUGAAGACGACUUCUCUCCCGAAUUUUACGGCUCCAAAAAAUGUGUUGUGCGCAAAGCAAAUCCGCAUUUUGGAGUCCAAAGUGCUUAA